GGUGGUGGUGGCGGUGGUGGUGGCGGUGGUGGUGGUGGUGGUGGCGGUGGCGGUGGCGGUGGUGGUGGCGGUGCGGAGCCGGACAUCGACGUUGUGUCGACCGGGGGUCAGAGGUCGAGCUGCAAGGACGAGGACGAAGAGGAAGACGACGAUGACGACGAUGAUGACGACGAUGACGACUCGGAUGAUGAGGAGCUGAGUGACUUGGAACAGCUGAUGGGUGACCAGGAGCCAGAGCCAGACAAGUUACCCAAUCUCAUGCAGCCGCCGCAGCAGCUGGCACGCCUAGCAGAGCUCUACCAGAUGCACGUGGGACUGGAGCGAGUGCGUGCCCCUGAAGUUCUCUUCCAGCCCUCACUGAUCGGGGAGGACAGCGCAGGGCUGGCCGAGACGCUGGCCUUCGUGCUGAGUCGGUUCUCGAGUGAGGACCAGCAUGCCCUGGCACAGAACGUCAUCGUCACGGGAGGCAACGCUCAGUACCCGGGACUCUGCGAGCGGCUCCAGCGGGAGAUGGUCGCAACGCGGCCGUUCAACUCCACCUUCAGCGUGAGAGUUGCCUCGGAGCCAGCGCUGAGCGCCUGGCUGGGAGCACGUGACUGGGCCGUGGCUCACGCAGUGUGUGGUGAGCGUGGUGGUGGUGGUGGUGAGCGUGGUGGUGGUGGCGGUGGUGAGCGUGGUGGUGGUGGUGGUGGUGAGCGUGGUGGUGGUGGCGGUGGUGAGCGUGGUGGUGGCGGUGGUGAGCGUGGUGGUGGCGGUGGUGAGCGUGGUGGUGGCGGCGGUGAGCGUGGUGGUGGCGGUGGUGAGGGGUGGAUGACUCGGGCCGACUACGCGGAGAAGGGGAGCGACUAUCUGGUGGAGCACUCUGCCUCCAACGUCUACGUGAAGCCCGCUAGGCCUGCUGCUGCUGCUGCUGCACUCACGUGAUCACCCAUCAGCAUCACCAUCACCACCAUCACCACCAUCAUCAUCAUCACCAUCAUCACCAUCAUCACCACCAUCAUCAUCAC